AUGGCAGCCCAAAGUAAACUUCUUGAAGCAGCCUUCGAGUGCAGCUGCCACGCGUAUGUGCAUCCAUGGACCUCCAGUUGUGCCGCUGCGGCAGCAGGCAUGAUGCUGGCUGAGGUUGCCCCUAGUUUUCGCACUUACUCGACCGUGUAUUUGCUCGCUUUGAUCAUGAGGAUGCGUGUUCCUAGGCUGCAGGACCUUUGGCGAACUCUUACCGGCAUUCUCCAGUCGACUGCCUUCCUCUCCAUGAAUGGAGGGCUUUUCAUCUUCGCCGUGUGCCUACUGCGACAGCUUCUGGGUCGCUUCUACUUCCCAACGGUGGCUUUUUUGCCCUCGUUCUUGUCCAGCUGGUUGUCCAUCGCCGUAGAGCGCCCGGAGCGUCGUACUCCAUUGGCCAUGUACGUGGCCAAUGUGGGCAUCGAGACCGUGUGGAAGAUGCUCGAAUCGAGGGGUUGGGUCCGCUCCCUUCCCAAUGGACAGGUGCUAAUCAUGGGCCUGAGCAUCACCGCUCUGAUGUUCCUGUACCGUUUGGGCCUUCACAAAACGGUGGCCAAGGAUGCCACCUUUAAGGGCCUGAGUGUGAUUCUUGGCAAGGAGGAGGAAGGUCCGCUCAAGACCCCCACUGUCACCACUACACAAAGCUCCCGGCAGCGUCCUCUGAACUUUCAGAGUAUUUCCGCGUAUGUGCAGGUGUACGAUCGCCUGAGGACCGCCAAACAUCCCAGUUGUCCGCAUCGGCAAGGCUGUGCUCCGUACGCUCUCUACGGAGGAUUGAAACCGUUCCUGGGCGGCCUGGGUCUGCAGGUUGGACUGAAGCUACUGCUCAACAUAUCCAAGAUUGUUAAUAUGAAGAUGCAGUGGCGCAAACAGAUCUUCAACAAGGGUUCUCUACAGCUGGGACUGGCUCUGGGUAGCUUUUCAUUGCUUUACAAGACAAUUUCCUGUGGUCUGCGGCACACCUGCGGCCAUGACAACGCUCUCUUUGCCAUUCCAGCUGGCUUGAUUGGCUCCAUUGGUCUGCUCCGCUUUCCCAAUACCACAGUGGCCAUGUAUCUGAUGUGGAAGACCCUCCAGCUGCUGUACAACUGGGGCAUUGCCGAGGGCAAGCUCCCAGAAGUGCCAUACUUCAAUACGAUCAUGUAUGGCUUCUUCACGGGCGUGCUCUUCCACGCGGCCAUCCUGGAGGCACGUACCCUCCGACCCAGCUACUACAACUUCCUCAUGAAGAUCUCCGGCAACCGGAUCAGUCGCUUCAAUGUGCUGCCCUUCCAGGCGUACGGUCUGAAGAGCCAGGAUCAGAUCAACUAUGUGAUCAAGAAACUGAAAAUAGACAUGACAUCGCCUUUCCCCAUAUAUCCCCUCACUGUUUAAGAUGGAGUUCCUGGAUCAAAAGUUCAAAUAAAAUGCAAUAAAACUUUAAAUUA